AACUUCACAUUUUCGCAAGCUCGUGAGGAAGCUCAGCAGUGGGCUAGAAGGAAAGCCAGAUUUGAAUGUGGAUUUAAAAAAAGGAGAAGUGUAAAUUUUUGGGUUCAAUUCAGAGAAGAACUGCAGGAGGAUGGAGGCUGUAAAGGUUCUGCUGCCUGUGGUUCUCCUGCUGGUUUCUGUGGAGCAUUCAGAGUGUGUGCGGUGUUUCGCUGCUUUCAACACCACUACAGGUGAGUGUAGUGACGAGCUCGGUGAGGUGGAUAUGGACGACUGCUGUCACAACCCGCAAUACGGCUACCUGACAGAAGAGGGAGAGUGCCAGUUCUGUGGACUAAAUGUGUGGUCUCCCUGGUCAUCCUGGACAUUGUGCAACAACCUGUGUGGGGAGGGAGUGAGGCAGAGGCGCCGAACAUGCUUCGGCCUUAAAGAAUCAGGCUGCACAAACAUGAACGAUGUUCUGCACAUAGAACCUUGCAAUGGCACCUGCUGUGAUGUGAAGGCGUGGGACUCAUGGCUCCCCUGGUCACCCUGCUCUGUCACCUGUGGAGGAGUGGGAGUCAGGAAGAGACAGAGGACUUGUGGAAGUCCUCCUGAGUGCGUUGAGGUGUGCAGCGGCCCGUCCCAGGAAACAGAAUCAUGUGCAUCUAAUAAUGCCUGUCCAGUCCAUGGGGGAUGGUCCAGUUGGUCUGCUUGGGGUCAGUGCUCAGGUACUUGCAUUGAUGAUCAACGGUCUGAUGCCGUCAUACCGUCAAGAGUUCGUCAGCGUACCUGCUCCAACCCGGCUCCCUCCAAAGACACUAUACCAAAGGGUGAUGACUGCCCUGGAGAUGCCCAUCAGAGUCAGUAUUGCAGCGAGCUUCCCAAUUGUCCAGUGAAUGGAAACUGGGGGGAAUGGGCCCAGCCCGGGCCGUGCUCUGUGACCUGUGGGGAGGGUCUGCAACUCUCUGUGAGGAAAUGUGACAACCCCUCACCAAAAUAUGGUGGUGAAUAUUGUAAAGGCACAAGCAGCCGGACCAGCGUCUGUCAGAGUCCAUGUCCUGUCCAUGGGAUCUGGUCCGGGUGGUCCAACUGGGGGGACUGUUCAUCAUCCUGUCACUUCGAAAGCAAACCCGCGACUAAGACACGUCAACGCUCCUGUUCCAACCCGAGCCCUUCCUCAAACCCGCCGGGCCAGAAUUGCCCAGAUCAAAACAGUCAAACAGAAAGAUGCAAUGAUCUGCCCUUCUGUCCAGUGGAUGGCAGUUGGGGCUCUUGGUCAUCUUUCUCUCCCUGUCCUGUCACCUGUGGAGUGGGACUUCAGGAGUCAAUAAGGCGAUGCGACAACCCCGCUCCUAAAUAUGGUGGUCGCGCUUGUUCUGGAGAGAGACGUAUUACCAAAACUUGUUUUACUAAAGUCCACUGCCCAGUGCAUGGAGAAUGGACAGAAUGGUCUGAGUGGAGCAAGUGUAAAUAUCCAUUUGGUGACAAAGAUAUUAACUGCAAGAGAAUAGGUGGCAAACAGACUCGCAAUCGUGAAUGUGUUCGAGCUCAUAACGGCUCGUACUGCAGUGGAACCAAACUCUUGGAAUCACAAGUCUGCUAUGAUGUCGACAAAUGUCGCAACUUAAAAGGAACCUGGGAUGGCUGGGAGCCUUGGCGCUACUGUGUCCCUCAAUGUGGAGAAAACUCCAAACGGCUCCGAUUUAGGAAAUGCAAACCAGAUUACAGCAGCUACAGUCCUACUAUUGGUCGUCAGGGGGAUGAGGCACACUUCUCUGGAACACCGAAACCGGACUGUGGUCCGACGCCUGAUGGAGGGCCGAAAUAUGAGCAACAGAAGUGCCACAACCUUCCUCCCUGCCCUGAACCCUAACAGCUUCAACAGUGCCUUCAUCACCAGCUUUCUUUUCUUUUAAUAAUAGGCAUUAGUCAUGACCCAAAUGUUUUCGUUUUUGCUUCUUUUUUAGCUUUGCGUCAUUAGAUCAACAGGUCAGAAUGAAAUGAUUUUUUUUCUACAUUUAUUAAUGAGAAUGGUUGUAAUGUAACUGCCUUGCUAGAUGGGAGGUGACGUGUGCAAUUAGGUGUGUUUUGUCCAAGCCAUAAUGGAUGAAUAAAGUUCCUGAUGUUUAAGCUUA